ACCAAGUGUCAACCUAUAAAGUGCGAGGAGUGCGAGAAAAAGAAAUUCCUCGAGGAAGGGGAACAUCAGUAAGUACGCGCAUCGAAACACACGGGAUAUUAAUCGGCAUCGACUCAGUCCACAUUCGACGUUUAGCGGGACAAGACCACCGGCAAGAAAAAAUAUAGUCCCGAGCGAUGGAUAUCAGUUCGUUGAUCUACAAAUCGUCGCAGCAAUCCGGUACAAUUUCAACAUUCCGUAAUCCUUUUCCUCGCAGACCCUGGCUUACCGAGACUGGAUCUGGAGCUGCGCCCGCCGGUGGUAAUACCGGUCUCAAAGGAAUUAUAGCUGGAGGUAUUACUGGUGGCAUAGAGAUAUGUAUCACAUAUCCAACUGAAUAUGUGAAGACACAAUUACAACUUGAUGGGAAAGCUGGAGCUGGUAAAGAAUAUACAGGAAUAUGGGACUGUGUAACAAAAACUGUAAAAACACGUGGAGUUUUUGGCCUGUACAGAGGCCUCUCAGUAUUAGUUUAUGGUUCAGUGCCAAAAUCAGCUGUACGGUUUGGUUCCUUUGAAACUGUAAAGCAACUAUUAGUAGAUUCAGAGGGAAAGCUUAGCAAAAAAAUGAGUUUCCUGGCAGGUUUGUGUGCUGGCGCAUCUGAAGCUAUUUUUGCAGUUACCCCUAUGGAGACUAUUAAAGUGAAAUUUAUUAAUGACCAACGAUCUGCAAAUCCGAGAUACAAAGGGUUCUUACACGGAGUAACUAUGAUUACCAAAGAAUAUGGAUUCAGAGGUGUAUAUCAAGGGUUGGCACCUACAAUAUUAAAACAAGGAUCGAAUCAAGCAAUCAGAUUUUGUGCCAUGGAAACAAUGAAAGAAUGGUAUAGAGGUGAAGAUCCAAAUGUGCAUAUACCAAAAAUGGUUAUUGGUACGUUUGGCGCAAUUGCUGGGGCAUUAUCCGUUUUUGGAAAUACUCCGAUUGAUGUUGUAAAGACCAGAAUGCAGGGCUUGGAAGCUGCAAAGUACAAAAAUAGCUUAGAUUGCUUUUUGCAAAUAUGGAGAAACGAAGGUCCAAUGGCUUUUUAUAAAGGAACCGUUCCGAGAUUGAGCAGAGUAUGUUUAGACGUUGCCAUAACGUUUAUGAUCUAUGAUUCCUUUAUGGAUCUUUUUAAUCGAGUUUGGCCUUGAAGAAUUGGCUAAAACUGUAAUUGUAUGCUUGAAAUUGUCAGUGCAAAUGUAGCUCUCAGGAUUACUACAGUUACACCUCACGCUCACAUUAUUACAUUUGAAAAACGUUUUCGUUUUUAACAUGAUACAUAUAAAUUAUAAUUUAUUAAACAUUUCAUUCAACGAAGCAAACAUGACACUGUGCCAAAGGAUUUUAAUUUUGGCAUUAAUGAACUUCAAUAGUGAAAGCUACAGUUGCACAGAGCACAAAUUUUAUUAUAUAUUUUUUUACAUAAAUUUUUAUUUAAUGUGCGAUCCACACGCGAGAAGAGAAAAUAAUGU